AUGUGUAAAGGAAAUCAGUCUGUCAUAACAGAAUUCAUUUUUAUGGGAUUCACAGAUAAUCCUAAUAUGCAGUUCACUCUUUUUAUCAUCUUCUUCUUGGUUUAUAUUGUUACAGUAAUAGGGAAUCUUGGGAUGAUUUUGUUAAUCUGUGCUGAACCCCAGCUUCACAACCCCAUGUUUUUCCUGGGUAACCUCUCAUUUGCUGAUCUCUGUAACUCCUCAGCCAUUGCUCCUAAAAUGCUGGUUGAUUUCUAUGCUGAAACUAAAAAGAUUUCAUACAAUGGUUGCAUGAUGCAACUGCUUGUAUUUGCCUUGUUUGCAAAUGUUGAGUGUCUUUUGUUGACUUUAAUGGCCUAUGAUACCAUCUGCAAUCCACUUCUCUAUUCAAUCAUUAUGUCCAAAAGGACCUGUCAAGAACUGGUGACUGUUGUGUAUUUGAUAGGGUUAGUAAAUGCAAUGAUAAAUACUUCCUGUACAUUUCGACUGUCAUUCUGCAGAUCUAAUAUUAUCAAUCAUUUCUUCUGUGAUGAACUUCCACUGCUCAUUCUCUCCUGUUCUGAUACCUACAUCAGUGAGAUAGUGAUACUUGCCUUUGGCUGCAUUGAAGGAAUCAGCAUUGGAAUGAUUCUUGUAUCCUAUGCUUAUACUUUGGGUACAGUUCUGAGAAUGCACUCUGCCGAGGGUAGGUAUAAAGCAUUUUCCACCUGUGCUUCUCACCUGGCAGCUGUUGGGAUAUACCAUGGGACUAUACUCUUCAUGUACUUUCGGCCCAGCUCCAGCUAUUCCAUGGACCAAGACAAAUGGACCUCGUUGUUCUACACAGUUGUGAUCCCCAUGCUCAACCCUCUGAUCUACAGCCUGAGGAACAAGGAGAUGAAAGACGCAGUGAAAAAGGUGAAGGUAUAG